UUGGGCACACCCACAGAAUCGAGUUUCAUCUUGUCCUGUCAACGUGACGUAGACAGCAGCAUUGAAAACAAAAUCUCGCGGUCGGGCGGCCCAAUGUUGGCCAUGUCUUGUCCAAUAAAAAUGGACCAGGAUAGCUACGAUGACCCGCAUACGAAAGCUUAUCUUUUGUAUCAGGCCCAUUUUUCACGCAUCCAGUUGCCAUCGACGGAUUUCGAAACAGACGCGAAGUUGGUGCUCGAUCAGGCGCCUCGCAUUAUGCAGCCAAUUAUCGCUGUUUCAAAGGCGAUGUUGGACGUUUGCGCGGAGAACGGUUGGUUAGCUGCAUCCUUGCGGAUGGUGGAUUUGAUGCAUAUGGUUUAUCAAGGACGAUGGAACGUUGAUAUUGAUUUGAGCACGCUGCCGCAUAUCACAACGACAAUUGCAGAGCAGCUGAUUGAAAGGUUAAUUAUACAGACUAUUCGCUUACUGCCGAUGAUGAACAUCUCCGUCAAGGUGCAGGGAUUAUGGCAAGGGGAGACGAGAGUUCGCAUUAUUGAAGCCACUGAAAUUUCAAGCAGUACCACAUGGUUAACUCUGUACUCUGAUACAGAAUACGUGCUCUGCGUUGACCUGUUGAGAAGAAACAAGUUAAUUGCUUUGAAACGCGUUGGUCCCGUGAAACGUAAUGCAACGGUCAACGUAUUGUUCACAACGUCUAGCAAACUGGGUCGCAUCGUUUACACGUUGUAUAUCCUGAGCGAUUGCUACUACGGUUUGGAUCAACAGUACUCCCUACCUUUCGACGUCGUACCAUCGGGUACUGAGGUUGUGCCAGAUUUGGAGUCAUAUAACUGA